AUGUGGAUUUUUGAUUGGUUCCAAGACGUAUUAGCCUCAUUAGGUUUAUGGAAUAAACAUGCCAAGUUGUUAUUUCUAGGUUUAGAUAACGCUGGUAAAACAACAUUAUUGCAUAUGUUGAAAAACGACAGAUUGGCCACCUUACAACCAACUUUACACCCGACAUCGGAAGAGUUGGCCAUUGGCUCCGUUAGAUUUACUACAUUUGAUUUGGGUGGGCAUCAGCAAGCACGUAGAUUGUGGAAGGACUAUUUCCCUGAAGUCAAUGGAAUUGUAUUCCUAGUUGAUGCUGCUGAUCCCGACAGGUUAGCUGAAUCAAAGGCUGAAUUGGAAUCAUUGUUUAGAAUUGAAGAGUUGAGUCAAGUGCCAUUUGUUAUAUUGGGUAACAAGAUUGAUGUUCCAACUGCUUGUGGUGAAAUGGAAUUGAAGAAUGCUUUGGGAUUGUACAACACUACAGGUAAGGAUACUGGAAAAUUACCUGAAGGUACUAGACCAAUUGAAGUGUUUAUGGUAUCUGUUGUUAUGAGAUCAGGUUACGGUGAAGCAUUCAAGUGGUUGUCCCAGUACAUUUAA